CAGACCUUCAAAGCCGAAGCCAACUGAUGCAUGCAGUCGCCAACUAUAUAACCGAAGCCCUCCAUGCUCGUUAGCAGGCAAUAGCAUCUGAUCGUUUUGGUACCAUGUCACUUCCUCAAUCUUCUCCUGUUAGUCACCUGUUUCAAGAAACUGAGCUCAUCAGCCAAGAAACCAGAGACAUGAUAUCCACUCUACCUAGAGAAAAAGGGAGUUGGAUGACUGAUCUCCAUCAGUACCAAGGCUUUUGGUACUCCAUCUCUUUAAUGCAAGGAGUCAUGGCGUCCCAAAAACACUUUCAGGCGCAAGCUUCUGAUAUCUUACUUGUUACUCCUCCCAAAACAGGUACCACUUGGCUUAAAGCAAUUUUGUUUUCCCUAGUUUAUCGAGGAAAGUAUCAUCCUCAUGAGCACCCUUUGCUCACAAAAAACCCACACGUUCUUGUACCCUACUUGGAGAUCGAUCUGUACCUUCAGAACCCGGUACCUGACCUCAUGAACGGCUAUGCGUCUCCUCGGCUUCUUAAAGUUUGAACUCACUCACCACUUGUUUCUUUACCAGAAUCGGUGAAAGACUCUGCUUACAAGGUUGUAUAUCUGUGUAGAAACCCCAAGGAAUUUGUUUCAUUCUGGCAUUUCAUGAACAAAUUGAGACCUGAGGGUUGGGGAACCAAUCCAGUUGAAGAAGCAUUGGAAAACUUCUACAGGGGAGUGAAUAUGUAUGGACCCUUCUGGGAUCAUGUGUUGGGGUAUGGGAAUGAGAGCUUGAGAAGGCCUGAAAAAGUACUUUUCCUUAAAUAUGAGGAGCUGAAAGAACAACCAGGUUUUCAUUUGAUGAGGCUAGCUGAGUUCCUGGGGUUCCCAUUUUCCCCAGAAGAAGAGGCGCAAGGAGUGGUGGACAACAUUUUAAGGAUGUGUAGUUUUGAGAAUCUGAGCAAUCUGGAUGUGAACAAAAAUGGGAACUUGCCGUAUGGCGUGGAGCAUAGGGCUUUCUUUCGGCGAGGGGAGGCUGGAGAUUGGAGGAAUCUUUUGACAGCUGAGAUGGCAGAAAAGGUAGACCGUAUCACUGAAGAGAAGUUGCAAGGUUCUGGAUUGAAAUUCUAUAUUGACUGGGAAGUUACCGUCCGGCGAGGAGCAUAAUGCUUUCUUUCGACGACGAGAGGCUGCAGAGAGGGAAAAUGUUUCGACAGCUGAGAUGGCGGAACAGCUGGACAACAUCACUGAAGAGAAGUUGCAAGGUUCUUGAUUGAAAUUUUAUGUUCGCUUA